AAGUACAAAGCUCGAGGCGUCGUCCUCAUUUCGUUCUUUUCGUUCUGUAGGAUUUAUUCCCGUGUCACUCUUUUGUCCCUUGCUUUAAUACUUUAAUUCGAGCCGCGAAAAUGAAGUCCGUUCUCAGCCUUACGAGCCUCUUAGCUCUGGCCGCUGCUGUUGUGGCUGCUGACGAUGAUGAUGCUUGCGAGAACGAGGUAGAAAUUCGACAAGAUACAACGCUCAAGACCAGCACCAGCACGUUCGCUGCGAACGUUACCAAUGUCUUUGCACCAGUCACUGCUCCACAUGUUGACACACAAGACAUUGCAAAUAUCGUUCCUCAGAGCAAUGUAUCGCUUUACUAUGCAUCGAACAUCACAACUAGCGCCGGCUUGGUCGUCAACCACACCAUGGCAUUGCCAGCCGUCUUGCUUGAGGAGAUUGCCUCCAUCUCCAGUGUGGACUGCACACCUUCUUCAGUGGCUGUAACUUUCAACGACUCUUCGUUCUUUGCUGCAGCCGAAAGUGUAUGGACUUCCAAUGGCACUUUCGUCAUGAUUACCAACCAUUUGGGAGAUUGUGAUCCUGAGCUUGAACGAAGCUUCUUUGUUGUCGAUAGCUUAAGUUUCGAUAAUACAACUCUCGUUGCUACAGCUAGCUCUCUGAAGUCCAAUGUUUCUAGCACUGCUGCUAAGACACAAAUCAGUUUCGGUGCUGUUCCCGGCGUUGCUCUAGCAAAGCGUGACCUUACCAUCGACCCAAGCUUCACUAUCUCCCCUUCGCUGGCCUUGACACCGGACACUGUCCUGUAUUCGUACUCUCCAUAUGUCACAGUCACUGCGGACACUGCUUCCUUCACAUCCAAUGUGACUCUCUCGGGCUACCUGGAAUACAACUGGUUCUUGUUCAAGAUGGAAAAAUUGUACAUCGAUAUCGAUGCCGGUUUCACAGCCGACCUAGCCAUCAGCGCUGAAGUUACUUCCGCAUACUCAACUACCUUCACCUACGCCCCGACUGCUCUCUUCUACGGCCUCACCGUCCCAGGCGUUCUUGAGCUUGGCCCACAACUUCAAUUCUCCGUCGACGCCGAAAUUUCCGCUUCUGAGGCCGUCACAAUCACCAGCGAAGUCACACUUGCUCUCGCGGAUGGAAAUGUCCACGUCGAUCUCCUCGAUGAGUCCAACGCCGGAACUUCGGGCUGGACCCCAACUUACACCGCAUCAGCGAACAUCUCUGGCGAGGUAGACGCCGCGCUCAAUCCAACCGCAGCUCUCACUGUCGAGAUCGCCAUCAACUUCUUUGGCGGACUUCUUGAUCUCUCCACUGGCUUGACUGCCAAGCCUGGCUUCAACAACUCUUUCAUCUUGACAGCUGCUAAGGGAGUUGAUCUUAGCGGGGUCCAGAAUUUGACCACGUCUGGUACUUGUGCUGAGGGUUUGGAACUUGCUAGUAACUUUCCUUUCAGUGUUGAGGCUUUUGUUACUGAGUUUUAUAGCACGGAGUUGUACUCUGUUGAUCUGCCUAUCUUGGCGGACUGCUUUAGCUGGGAGUAAAGAAGAUGUGUAGGAAAGUUGAUAUUUCAAUAUGUAG